AUGGCCGACCAGCUGACCGCUCAGCUCGAGAAGCUGUCCAUCGGCAAGCUCGAGUCCUUCCCCGGCUGCUACCCUGACGUCAACCCUAUCGAUGUCUACCGCUCCCACAUCACGUCGCUGCUGUACGAUGUGACGGGCAUCGAGAAGACCAUCAUCUACAACGCCCUCCAGUGGACCCAGAGCCUCGACAAGGGCGACCUGGUCCUGGCGGUCCCCGCGCUGCGCGUCAAGGGCAAGAAGCCCGCCGAGCUCACCGCUCAGUGGCUUGAGAAUUUCCCCGAGUCUCCCCUCAUCGAGAAGCCCGUGUCGUUCCAGAACGGCUCCUUCCUCCAGUUCUGGUUCAAGACUGGUCCUCUCUCCCAGCUCCUCAUCCCCCAGGUCCGCGCCCGCGGCCAGGCGUUCGGCAAGAACCCCAACAACGGCCUCAAGAACCCCGAGGACCCUUCCCUGGGCAAGAAGAAGAUCAUUGUCGAGUUCUCCUCCCCCAACAUCGCGAAGCCCUUCCACGCCGGCCACCUGCGAAGCACCAUCAUCGGCGGCUUCAUCGCCAACCUCUACGACGGCGCCGGCUGGGAUGUCACCCGCAUCAACUACCUCGGCGACUGGGGCAAGCAGUACGGCCUGCUGGCCCUCGGCUUCGACCGCUUCGGCAGCGAGGACGCCCUCAAGGAGGACCCCAUCAACCACCUCUACGAGGUCUACGUCAAGAUCAACGCCGCCAUGAGUGACGAGAAGGAGCAGAUCGCCGCCAAGGAGCAGGCCGGCGAGGACGUCACGGCCCUCAAGGACAACAGCCUGGACGAGCAGGCCCGCAAAUACUUCAAGGCCAUGGUCGCCGGCGACGAGGCCGCCGUCGCGCAGUGGAGGCGCUUCCGCGAUCUCAGCAUCACCCGCUACAAGGAGACGUACGCCCGCCUCAACAUCCACUUUGACGAGUACUCGGGCGAGAGCCAGGUCUCCGAGCAGGACAUGGAGGCCGCCGCCAAGAAGCUCGAGGAGAUGAAGAUCUCGGAGGAGUCGGAGGGCGCCGUCAUCAUCGACUUCACCAAGCACAUCCCCGGAAAGGCCGGCAAGAGCCUCGAGCGCCCCAUCAUCCGCAAGAAGGACGGCACGGCGCUGUACCUGACGCGAGACAUCAGCGAGCUGCUUCACCGCGAGAAGAAGUACAACUUUGACCACAUGAUCUACGUCGUCGCCUCGCAGCAGGACCUGCACCUGAAGCAGCUCUUCAAGAUCAUCGAGCUGAUGGGCUACACCGAGACGGCAAAGAAGUGCCAGCACAUCAACUUUGGCAUGGUUCUCGGCAUGAGCACGCGCAAGGGCACCGUCAAGUUCCUCGACGAUAUCCUGCGCGACGUCGGCGACAAGAUGCACGAGGUGAUGAGGAAGAACGAGACCAAGUACAACCAGGUCGAGAACCCGGAGGCCACGGCCGACAUCCUUGGCAUCAGCAGUGUCAUGGUCCAGGAUAUGAGCGGCAAGAGCAUGGUCGCGCUUUCGGAUGCACUGACACGUUUCGCCCGCUCUAGGAUCAACAACUACAAGUUCGACAUGGACACCAUGACCUCGUUCGAGGGCGAUACCGGACCGUACCUCCAGUACGCCCACGCCCGGCUGUGCUCCAUCUUCCGCAAGGCCGGCGUGCCGGAGGAGGAGGUGGCCAAGGCCGACCUCAGUCUGCUGACGGAGAAGCAUGCCAUUGAGCUGAUCCGCGUCAUCGGCCAGUACCCCGACGUUGUCCAGAACACGCUCAAGACGUUGGAGCCCACCACCGUGCUGACGUACCUGUUCCGCCUCACGCACGUCGUCAGCAGCAGUUACGACCACCUGCGCAUCGUUGGAAGCGAGCCAGAGAUCCAGAAGGCCCGCUUGGCGCUGUACACGGCUGCCAGGACCGUGCUCUACAACGGCAUGCGUCUGUUGGGACUGUCCCCGGUCGAGAGGUAA